AUUGGCAGAGAAUACUUAGAUAAAGCAAGGAUGAUAAAAUACGUCGUGGAGCUAACAUAAUACAAAAUAAUAAUUUUAUUGAGUAAUUUCAUGACCUAUACCCAAAUUCAUUCUUUAUACCCGCAUAAUCAAAGUUCAACUUCAUGGAGAGGUUAGUUUCUGAUGAACAGUAUCUGGUGUCCCAAGCUCAAAAGCUGAGGAGCACUGAUUGUGCAUCUGCCAAGGCAUGGUUGAUAACAGCUAAGACAUUGUAUCCAAAUAAUUUUAGCAUACUGUUCGAAGCAUACAAGCUGGAGAAAGAGGCGAAUAAUUUCGAAGAAGCAGCAAAGUGUUUUAGUAAUAUCGUAUUGUCUUUCCAAACCCAAAAUGUUGAGUUAUGGAAUGAAGUAAAUGAACUUACAAACGCCCUCCGUGCACCUGAAAAUGAAAUCACACCAUCACAAGAAUUUUAUGUGAAAAUGUUUCAGCAUGUUUCAUAUGAUGUGCAGCACAAAAUCUUACUUCUAACAGUUAAUAACACCGAGAACAGUAUUCAUCAAUGCAAGCUUUUAUUGCUCAUCUUAAAACGCUUUCCUCAAGCUGCUAUCACUCAUUCACCAAGAUUGCUGGAGAUGAUAGCAGAUGGUAUGAAGCAAAAUCCUCAAAAGUAUCAAGAAAUGCUCGUGGAGGAAGCGUUGCCUCUAAUUUACCACAAGACACCAGAGCUACCUCCUUUACUCGUUUGCCGGUUAUUUACGAUUUCAUUGGAGUAUUACAUACGCCAAAUAAUUGACGAUACUACCAAAUGUGAUAACAAUGAAAUAUGGAAGAAGAUUUUCCAAGUUCUCAUGCUCUGCGGUAAAAUAUUACGUUGGGAAACCUAUUUACCCUUCAAUAAAACUUGGGGGCAAAAUGUUUAUUGGGAUAAACUUAUAGAAAUUGUAUCCAUAAGCCCAGCAGGCAGUACUCAAGUGCUUUUCUAUGCUACCACUUUAUUCAUUUAUUCAUUGCACUGCUACAUCAAAAAUUGUUAUACACGAGCGGAGGAAGCUGAUAUAAAUCACGUUUUGGUUGAAGGCUUCACAGUUGAUUGGAAAGUGGAGGCUUCAGAUGUACAAACUAUGGAACCUCCGCAAAUCUCAUUGACUACGCCAAUGAGCAAAGAUAUAUCAAAAGCUUUUGUUCAUGCUGCGCAAUGUUGGCAACUUUUAAACACGGACCAAUUUCAACGCGAUUUCAGUAAACUGCUACUUACAUUACCACUAGCUGCAUGGAUAUCGCGAUUCCUCUUUGAUUUAGCUAUCUAUUUCGGUCAUAAAGAGGAGGCAAAGAAGUUGAUGUCCGAAAUGAUGGUGACUAGUAAUUUAGUGCAAAAUUUACAAUUAUUAAGUUUGAAUUUGCUCCAAGGGAAUUUAACGUUACAGGGAUUUGAGUGCAUUGUUAAAAUUAUUGCCGAAUUACCACCAACGCCAGGACAUAUUUUAGAGCAUUUAACGUUAAAAGUACCCCGCCAUAUGAUAUUUAUACCACUAACACAAAAAGCAUUAGUGCAGUACUGUACUAAAGCCAUUGUAAAUACAUUAAGUCGGAAACUCUAUGAGCCAAAUUGUCCGGAUGAAAUACUUGGCGAUUUGCUGGUCCUUCUACAACUCGAAUAUCCACGGGAAACACUUAUGGCCGAACAAAUAUUUGCACUUAUUACGUCGAGGCGGUCUUUCUCAUAUCGGUUAUUUACGACGUACAUAGUAACAAUCGAUUUUGUUGAAGAAUUUAUGCAUAUCUGGAAUUCACAUGAUGAAGAUUUUGCUUUCGAUCUGUCGCCAACACAGGCCGGUUCAAGCGUCUGUCGCAUUGGCACACGAGGUACAGACAAGGGCUCCCGAGACGAUUUCCGUUUAAUCAUCAAACAACAGAUAACAAGAGCAAAUGAAGCUCCCACGGCAUUAAUCGCAAAUUUUAUUGCACAGGAGCAUAUGCAACUGAUGCGAAACAUGUUUGGUGUUACGGUAGCAAGCGAAGGAUUUUAAAUAAAAGUCUCCUUUUCUAAGCCGGGUGUAGUAAUCAAAAAAAAUAAUGAUUUUUUUUUUACAAAUUGUAUUCAUGCCUAUUACGGUAUCUGACGGAUCUAGUCAGAUUUGCACUGUCGGAAUAAGCGAGUGCGAAGGAUUAGAUUCGUGCGAAUGGUAUCUAUCGGACCGGAAUAGGUCUGCUUCCGAGGGAUCCCAUUCUCAUGAAACUAAUCCUUCUCAUCCGCUUGUUAUGACAGUGCGAUUCGGAUUAGAUCCGUGCGAAUGGCAUUCGUCGGAUACCAUAAUAGGCACGAUUAUUUUUGCUUAAAUAUCCUAUGCAACAUGGGUAUGUUCAAGCUGGAAAUCUACUGAAAUUAUGCAAACUUUCUUACCUAACUCGGCCAAUUUUUCGCGAAGAAUUUGAUACUCUUUCAAAA